AUGCCUGUUGACCAAAUUCUGACAGAAAUAAGAGACGAACCAUCUCUUAAAUGGCCGAGGCCACUCCAUUCACCGCCUAGUUCGCGCGAUAAGAGGAAAUACUGUCGCUUUCACAGAGACCAUGGACAUUACACAGAGGAUUGCAAUGAUCUAAAGGAGCAGAUUGAAAAACUUAUACGAAAAGAAAAACUACAACAGUAUGUGAAAAGGGGAGAUUCCAGCAAAUACAACCAGAAAGAUCAGCACGGGGGUUCAAGGAGAGAUGGAGACUGCCCCCCGCCUCGUCCACAGAAUGCACUAGGGGAAAUUAAAACUAUCGCGGGGGGACCAACUAGAGGGGGAUUGUUCAGAUCCCUCAGGAAGUCACACCAAAGGCAGGUAAACAGUGUUGACAAUCUACCUCCCCUGAAGCAAAGACGAACAAACCAAGACAUGUACUUCUCAGAAGAAGAUGCCAGGGGUGUAAAGCAACCUCAUGAUGACCCACUGGUCAUUAUGAUCAUGAUCGAAGGGUUCAAUACGAGGAGAGUUCUGGUAGACAAUGGGAGCUCGGCUGACAUUAUCUACCUUUCCGCCUUCCAGCAACUAAAGGUAGACCCAAAGAGACUUCGUCCUUUCGAGUUUCCCCUUUUCAGUUUCAGUGGAGACAAAGUAUACCCCAAGGGGAUAGUGACGUUAAUAGUCACUGCCGGCUUGUACCCCCUCUAG